AUGUAUGAUAGGAACUUGUCAUUUCAACGAAAAUUGAAAAUAGGAGUAGAAGAGACAAAAUCUCCCAAAAAUUCUGCAACGUCUCAUGAACAGCAAAAUACAUUACAUAAAUAUUUCAAACCGGAUAAAAACUUGAAUCAAGAUGAGGGCAGUGCUAAUAAAACAACAACAAAACAAAAUAAAGACAGUGAUACCAGUUCAACAUGGUUUCGUUGUAAAAACAAGCAUGACGGACAAAAACGCAAAGAAAUGAGUGAAGAUGACCAAAAUACGAAAUAUUUAUCAUCAACAGCUUCAAAUCCAUCGUUCACAAGAUUAUCCAUUAAAUUUUCUGAUUCAUCUGACGAGGAUGAAAUAGAUAUCGAUAGCAAAAGAACUUAUUUGCGUUCAUCAUUUUCACCAAAAUCUGACAUACGUAUCUAUAGAGAGGGUUAUCCGAAUGCGAAAGAUGAUAUGAAAAUAAAUGACAACUAUGAGUUUUAUACAAAUAAGAAGAAAUCGGAGCCUGACGGUUAUAUUCAAUGGUUGUUUCCACUACAAGAACCAGGUUUAAACUGGUCUGCUCAACCAUUACAAAAACAUGAAAUUGAUUGUAUAAUCAAAGAUCAAAGAGCUCAUGAACGUAUAUUACUAUCAUAUAAGUUGAUGCUUGAUUUUUAUGGUUUUAAAUUGGUGAAUACGGAAACGGGUGAAAUUAGUCGUAAAGACAACAAUGACAACGACAAUCUUGGGUAUCGAAGCCGUUUACAUAAUUUGAAUACAUCAUCACAUAAUUAUUUACGAAUAACACGAAUAUUAAAAUGUUUAGGCGAAUUUGAUUAUGAACAUUUAAAGUUUGGCUUUCUCGAAUGUAUACUGCGUGAAAGUAUAACAGAAAAUACAUUAAAUAAUUGCUUGCGUAGUUGUCGUGAUUAUUGGAUUCAAACCCUGCGCAGUAAACAAGACAGACAAAGUUUAAAAUGUUAUGCGAAUAAACUUAUUCAGUAUCGAAAUGAAUGUUCAUUACCACCAGUAAAUUUUCGACCAAAACGGUCCCAAACAGCAAUUGAUCAAUCAUUACCACCAUCGACAGCUGAUACUUAA